AUGGAUUUCACGGAAGCCUACUCGGAUCGGUGUUCAGCCGUGGGGCUGGCGGCCAGAGAGGGGAACGUUAAAGUGCUGAGGAAACUCAUCAAGCAGGGGUACAGCAUUGACGUUCCCGAUAACAGGGGCUGGGUGCCAAUCCAUGAAGCAGCAGCUCGUGAUUCAAGUGAAUGUCUGAGGCUGCUCGUUCGUGCAGCUCCAUCUGAUGACUAUGUGAACUCCAAGACGUUUGAAGGGAUGUCCGCGCUGCACCUCGCAGCACGCCGUGGCUCUCUGGGAAGCGUCCGUGUUCUCCUGGAGGCUGGGGCUGACCCCAAUGAGGUUACCACUGAAAGAACCACCCCCCUGUUCCUAGCUGUUGAAAAUGGCCAUGCAGACACUGUAACCUUCCUGCUCCAACAUGGGGCGAAUGUUCAAGGACCUCAUUCCUUGUCUGGGUGGAAUUCUUUGCACCAAGCUUCUUUACAGGAAUGCACUGACAUCAUGCAAAUGCUGCUGGAGAAAGGGGCAGGCAAGGAAUGUAAGGAUGACUUUGGAAUUACGCCGCUCUUUGUUGCUGCUCAGUAUGGAAAGCUGGAGAGUUUACGGCUGCUCAUAUCCCAUGGUGCAGAGGUAAACUGUCAAGCCAAGGACAGAGCCACUCCACUGCUGAUUGCUGCCCAGGAGGGCCACCUUGGGUGUGUGGAGCUGCUGUUAGCCAACGGGGCAGACCCAAACCUCUACUGCAAUGAGGAUAACUGGCAGUUACCUAUUCAUGCAGCUGCUGAAAUGGGCCAUGACAAGAUACUAGAGUUACUAAUCCCAGUUACUGAUCGGAUUUGUGACAAAGGCAAAGGCAAAGUGAGCCCUGUGUAUUCAGCAGUGUAUGGUGGUAAUAAGGAAUGCUUGGAGAUGUUACUCAGAGAAGGCUACAGUCCAGAUGCUCAGGAGUGCCUUAACUUCGACUGCAGGUCACCCAUGUGUAUGGUCUUCCAGAAGAAGUAUUUCUAUUUCAUUGAUACUUUCCUGAAAUACGGGAUCACUUUACUGGGCAUUAACCUGGGCUAUUGCCUGUACCAUGAGAAGUUUGCUUUGUUCCAACGCUUCUUGAAGCUGGGCUGUUUGCUGCCUUCUGGGGACCAGCUCUGGGACUUCCUGAGCUACACAAUUCAAGCCCAAGAGGCAUACAAGCAGUGGCUGCCUUAUCUGCUCCUGGCUGGUUUUGACCCAGUGAAUUUAAUGCACAGACUCUGGAUUUUAUCUGUGGGAGAUAAUGCCCUUAAUUUCACCCUGGAGUUCACCAACUGGAAGAGACUUCCUCCAGCUGUGGAGCAAGACCUCUCAGAAUACAAGGAGACAUUCACUUGGACUCCAAACAACCACUUUGCCUCCAUUCCUCCCCUGUCCCACCUCUGCCGUCUCGAGAUCCGGGCCAUCCUAAGGAGCGAGCGCCUGCGAUCGGACCACUUCAUCCGGGAAUUGCCACUGCCAGCUUGUCUCCAGGACUACCUGCUCUACCUGGAUGUGCUGCGAGUCAACGGCAUCCCAGAAGCAGAGGAUUACCUGGGGCAGAGAGAGGAGGGAGCUGCCACCAGUCACCCCACCGCUGAAGAUGCAGAGAGGAGGGACACUUGUGCCACUGGGACUAGGUGA